UUACGUUUUGAAUCACAUCGGAAUACAUAUACAACAGAAGUAGUCAUCAACCCACAUCCUUACAAACUCGUCAUCAACAACCCCCGGAAGUGCAGCGGAAGUGACGUAUUCCUGCUGGUCUUGGUUACAUCGGCGCCGGAGAACCGCGCUCAGAGGUCCGCCAUCCGACAGACGUGGGGGAACGAGAACAACGUGCCAGGAACCGUCAUUAAAACUCUCUUUGCGGUGGGAAAACCGGGAAAACCCUCCAUACAACACAGUCUGGAGGACGAAAACAUGGUCCACAGGGACAUCAUCCAAGAGGACUUCGUCGAUUCCUAUAAAAACUUGACUCUCAAGACCGUCAUGUGUCUAAAAUGGGCCUCCCAAUUCUGUCCCAACGCCAAGUUCGUUAUGAAAGCUGAUGACGACACAUUUGUGAACAUCUUUAACUUAGUAAAACGUUUGAAGUUCACGGUGCCAGGGGAAUUUGUGACAGGGUAUGUUUUCACCAACACAAGACCAGUUAGAGCUCGAUAUGACCGUUGGUACGUAAGCGAGAAAGAGUAUCCCCGGGAGACCUUCCCGAGAUACCCCUGUGGAUUCGCAUACGUCAUGUCCAAUGACGUCACCGGCGUAAUCUACCGGACCUCUUUGACCUUGAAGUACAUUUUUCUUGAAGAUGUUUUCUUGGGACUUUGCUUAGAAAAACUAGCAAUCGACCCCGUGCACGACACUCGCUUCCACCAUUCAGAGACAACGCCAUCUUGCGAAACUGGUAAAGAAUGGAUCGCUUUUCAUUUGAUUAAAACUCGGUACGAUAUGAUUAAGGCGUGGCAGGACGUCACCAGUUGCGACGCAUCCCUGUCUUAGCUUGAAUUAGAUCGCCUUUAAAAGCUUUUAUGACACUUUGCAUGGGAAGAUGUGCUGAAUUUUUUGUGAACAUAUUCUACUAGAGUAUAAUCUCCGGGCCGGGAAUGGGGUUAAGGCCAUCUUCAUACAAUAUAAUACGUGCAUCUGACAUUGUUAGACGUUCUUCGUUAAAAUUACAUAUGCGAUUAUCUAUGUUUAAAAACACAGUGCCCUCUGUAAUAAUGUUAGACUUAUUGUAUAUUAUAUGAUCUAUUGUAUGAGUCCUGGAAGAUUAUUGAGCUAAAGGGAAUCUCAAUAAACUCAAGAAUCACAUUUGCAUAAUUGGUAUCCGUUAAUGUUCGAACUGCCACAGACUUCAUGUUACAUGUAUCCGAUCAGUCAGUCAGUCUUGAUGGAAAACAUUGCAAAUAAAGCGCCGAUUCGCAUAAUUUUUCAAUCAUUAUGUACGUAAUCUCUUUUAAGCUACCUGCGUACUUGAUAUCAUAGAAAUACAUCGUUUUUGUCUAGUUAUUCUCUUUUAAAGAUUUGGACAGAAAUGUCCCUGUAGUUCUAGAGCAAGCUGCUAGGAGACCCAAACAUACAUCACACAUCACUCUUCCUUACAUCACAAGCUAGGUACGAAAAUUAGACUAGAAACGUUAACUAGAAUGAUUUUAUUCUAUAGUUAGACUUUCACAUUCUAAAGGGAAAGACAGAUUUAUGUAUAUAGAACUGAUGGAUGUUAUAAGAAAUGAGAUUUGAUAUUCUUAUUGUAAUGUAGCGCCAAUUUUAAACAACAAGUAGUAUCAUAAUAGUAGUUUUUAACCAAUUGUAGAUAUGUAAUAUUAUAGAGCUGUAUUUGUCUUUGAUGUCUGUCAGUGAUUCAGUCCGAGUUGUAUUACUUUGUUGAACUUAACUACAUGUACUAGUUAACUGCUAGACUGUCAUUUUGAAUGUUCGAAUCAAUAAAAAUCAAUCAUCAA